AUGCACCCCCGGAAACGGGACCCGCAUCACGCUAAUCAGCCGAGGAAGCUCGGCCCCGAGCUGCUUGUGAAGACCUCUCGGUCGGGAAGACCCUUUGAGGACCACGAUCAAUUCGGAAUGGACUUCAACGUAGAAUACUCGUUGAACAAGAAUAACCGAUGGGAACUGCCCGAGAUUAUUGCUUCGGAGCUGCCCAGAUAUAAGCGCGCAACCCUCUCCACCGUCAACGUCGAGCUGGCCCUCAGCAAGAAGGAGCGACAAAAGAUCCAGGAAUCGAAGAACUAUGAUGAGCGCUACCACUUGAAGGGAGCAACAGCUCAGACUUUCCAAGAGAGCAUCGAUGGUGAGAUCAAAAAGAAGGCUUCGAAGACUGGAAGGACUCAGCUGAGGACAUGGAAUAACCCCAAGAAACACUCCCGACCCCAUGACUACGAGGAGGAAGGACGAGUCAUCUGCAUCUGUGGCAAGUGCAAGCCCACCCAGAAGGAGAACAUCGUCGACUACACCGUCGUCACCUACACGAGCACAUGCCGAGAUGGAGACCGACGAAAUUACCGACAAGGAAUGCAUACUGUCGAUGAGACCGAGGAACCUCAGUACUACUGGCAAAAGCCCGAGCCCAAGUACUCCAAGAUGGUCGUCGACUACCUCCCCAAGAAGAAGAAAAACGAGAUGCGCCGCCUCAAACACGAGAAGCACACCUACGCCGAGGAA